AUGGAUAACAGAGCUGAUUUCAGUCUUUGGGCUGACACGCCCUUCGCCCUUCUCAAGAUUCCUGGUCAGCCAGGUGGGCCAGUAUGCGUAAAUCCUGGUGUUCUCGACGUCGCUAUAGAGAUGGCAAACGUCCACAACGUCCUACUUCGCCCGCUGAAUGCCGUUUAUCAUCAAGCGCCCUUCAUUCGCCUCCCUGUAGAUGUUGCCGAUUUCAUGCUGUACAUUACAGCAUGGGCAGAUACGCUACAUCACCAUCAUUCCCUUGAAGAAAGUUUAUUCUUUCCAACGGUGGAGAAGAUAGCAAAAGAAGCGGGGAUUGAUGAUUGUGAAGGUAUCAUGGGAGGGAACGUGGAUCAACAUCAUGAGUUCGAGCCCAAGAUAGCAGAGCUGGUCAAGUGGGCUGAAGAGGUUGUGGCUGGGAAGAAGACAUAUGACGCUGUGGAACUGAAAAGACAGAUCGAUGACUUCGCACCUAUCCUGACACAGCAUUUACAUGACGAGAUCGGUACCUUGGUCAAAUUGGAAAACUGCGAUGGAGAGAAGAUUAAGCAGGCGAUGAAAGAAACGGCUGAUGAGGGAGCAAAGACAGCCGAUCCGGUACGUACUCUAGACUUCUUAAUGAUUUCGCUGUUGUAA